AAAAUGUUUACAACAAGAUUUGUAUAUAGAUUUGCUAAAUCUGUACCUGUGGUUGAUGUUACAUCUUUCCUUGCUAAGAAGGGUGAUGCUUCAUCAUAAUGUGCUUAAGUAGCAGAAGCAUUACAUAAUUAUGGUGCUGUGUGUAUUAAAGAUCCAAGAGUUAAUGAUCGUCAUAAUGUUGAUUUCUUAGAUAUGAUGGAAAAGUAUUUUGAAUCUAGAGCUGCUAAAUUCUAUAAUAAUGAAAAAGUAUUAAUAUUAUUUAUCUCUCUAAAGGUUGAAGAUAUCUUUCCUAAUUAUGCUUAUUAAGUUGGAGCAACACCAGAGUUCGUUGAAAAAGCUAGAACUCACAACAAUGUUGUAAAAUAAUAUACAAAAGAAAAUGAAGCUUUAACUCCAUAACCAGCUCCUUAUGUAAUUAUUAUAUAUUACUAUUUAAGGAUGCCAAAUGGAGAUUCUUUUGGCCUAUUGAUGAUUCAGGUAAACGAGUUAAAGAUGAAGAGUAUUAUUAUUAUUAUAUGAUCUUCAUAUAGUUUUACACCUCCAAGAUUUAGACCUAAAGAUGUUCAAUAAUUUGGAGAAAGAAUGGAAUAAUGGGGUAAAAUGAUGAUAAAUGGAUGUUUAACAGUAGCAGAAAUGGCUGCUAUUGGUAUGAGUAUUCCAUCUGACUCUUUUACAAGUAGAAUGUAAAAUGCUCCUCAUUUACUUGCUCCAACUGGUUCUGAUCUAGAUAGACAUAAACCAGGAACUAUUUUUGCUGGAUUUCAUUAUGAUUUGAAUUUCUUAACUAUUCAUGGUAAAAGUCGUUAUCCUGGUUUAUAUGUUUGGUUAAGAAAUGGAGAGAGAAUUUCUGUAGCUGUACCAGAGGGACAUUUAUUAUUAUAAGCUGGAGCUUAAUUUGAUUUAUUAACUGGUGGAUAUGUAACAUGUGGAUAUCAUGAAGUAUUUUAUAUACUCAUCUAUUUAGGUUAUUUAUACAGAAGAAGCCAGAAAAAAAUAUGAAGAAAAUAAAAAAGCAGGAAAAAGUACUUGGAGAGUUUCAUCUACUCUAUUUUCACAUAUUAAUUCAGAUGUUACACUAUAACCAUUAGAUAAGUUCGCUAAACCUGGAUUACCUCCUAAAUAUAAACCAAUUAAAGCUUUCGAUUAAGUUUAAUAAGAAUUAGAAGCCAUCAAAUUAAAAUUAUGAACAACAUAUACAAUCAUUAUGUAUAUGGUAAAAAAAAUAUUAUCAAAAUC